AUGGAUUCUCAGAACUCUUUUACACAGUCUGAUGGGUUUGUAAACCUGCUAACCAGUCAGUUAAACCCUGACUGUUACUCGCCGUCCAUAGAAAUAGGAUCAUCUGAGAUUCCUUUGUUUAGUACACAAGGAUCUGAUGAUCCUACUGAUGGUGGAACGAAGAGGAAAGUCUGGUCCCCGAAGGAAGACCUCGCCCUCAUCAGCGCGUGGCUCAACACCAGUAAGGACCCGAUUGUGAGCAACGAACAGCAAGCUGGGGCUUUCUGGAAGCGUAUUCAGUUGUAUUACAACAACAGCGAGGAUAUAGUUGGAAUGCCAAGGAGAGAGUGGUCUCAAUGUAAACAAAGAUGGGGUAGGAUCAAUGACCAGGUAUGUAAAUUCGUGGGAUUAUACGCGGCUGCGCAGAAGGAGAAAAGAAGCGGUCAGAAUGAAAACGACGUUAUGAAGCUUGCGCAUGAGAUCUUCUUCAAUGACUACUCUAUCAAGUUUGCUUUGGAACAUGCCUGGAGAGAGUUAAGAUUUGACCAGAAAUGGUGCACGACUAGCAAAGUCCAGGAUGGUGCGUCAACCAAAAGAAGAAAGGUUGAUGACUCGGCUCAGUCAUCAACUUCCAUACCUGCAAGCGAGAAUGAAGAAGUUGUCGAGGUUCGUCCACCUGGAGUCAAGGCUGCAAAGAAGUCAUCGCGUGCUAAACCUGAUAACAAGGACAUGAAGGAGUUUGGUUCCAUGUGGGAAAUGAAACAUAAAGACUUAGAGAUGAAAGACAAGAUUAGGGACAAGAGGAUUCUUGAAACCAUUUUGGCUAAGACUGAACCACUCACUGAGAUUGAAAUGGCAUUAAAAAACAAGCUAAUUUGUGCGAUGUAUGAUCUUUAG